AUGACUGCUGUGCCUUUCACUCUCAACAAGGCCUCGACCAAAGAGGACUAUCUUGAAAACAAUCGCUACUGGGCGGAUUCUAUCAGAAACAAGUCAAAUGACACCGUUUUCGAGUCUAAUGCUAAGGGACAGUCUCCUCACACUUUGUGGAUCGGAUGCUCAGACUCUCGUGCCGGGGAUCAAUGCUUGUCCUGCUUGCCAGGGGAAGUGUUCUCCCACAGAAACAUUGCAAACGUUGUGACUCCCACCGAUAUUCUGUCGCAAUGUGUCGUGCAAUUUGCCGUCGAUGUUUUGAAAGUCAAGAAGAUCGUUGUGUGUGGCCACACUGACUGUGGUGGGGUGUGGGCGUCGUUAUCGGCAAAGAAAAUCGGUGGGGCUCUUGAUUUGUGGUUAAACCCGGUUCGUCAAGUACGCGCCAAUAAUAUCAAAGCCUUGGAGGCAAUUGAAGAACCCAAGGACAAGUGUAAGAAACUCGCCGAGUUGAAUGUCAUCAACUCCGUUUACGCGGUAAAGCGUCACCCUUCAGCUGCACAAGCUUUGAAGGACGGCUCUAUUGAAGUUUGGGGUAUGAUGUACGACGUGGGGACGGGUUUGUUGUACGAAGUCGAAAUUCCUGAAGAUGAACAUGGCGAUUUGUUCAACGUAUUGGAUAAUGAGGAAGUUGAUCACUCGGGUCAUUAA